AAGAAGACUUUUCAGUUUCAUUUUCUUCUUUUCCUCCAAAUUCUAACCUCGAACACCGCCACCACCUUCUUCGUCUUCGUCUUCUUUUUCUCUUCACGAUCUCUCUUCAUUUUCUUUACUUUCUUUCCUUCGUCUUCAGUUUUUGUUGCCUAUUGUCGUAAUAUGGAUCGGAUUGGUGUUUUGCAGCAAGAAGACGAUGAGAUGCUCGUUCCGAAUUCUGAUAUUACCGAUAAUCAUCAACCUAUGGAAGUUGUUGCGCAAGCCGAAUCUACUAGUACUAAUAAUAAUAAUGCUGAGAUUCAACCUGUGGAGGAUCCAUCUUCGUUCAGGUUUACUUGGAAAAUUGAUAAUUUCUCGAGGUUGAAUGCUAAGAAGCAUUAUUCGGAAGUGUUUGUUGUUGGCGGUUUUAAAUGAGGAUACUUAUAUUUCCUAAAGGGAACAAUGUGGAUUCUUGUCGAUGCAUCUUGAUGUUGCUGAUGCUCAGACUUUGCCUUAUGGGUGGAGUAGGUAUGCACAGUUCAGUGUAGCUGUGGUCAAUCAAAUUCAUAACAAGUAUUCGGUGCGAAAAGAUACACAACACCAGUUCAAUGCUCGGGAAAGUGACUGGGGGUUUACAUCAUUUAUGCCUUUAAAUGAGUUAUAUGAUCCUAGCAGAGGUUAUCUUGUAAAUGAUACCGUCGUUGUGGAGGCUGAGGUUGUUGUUCGUAAGAUUGUGGACUAUUGGUCCUAUGAUUCAAAGAAAGAGACUGGAUUUGUUGAAUUGAAGAAUCAAGGAGCUACAUGCUAUAUGAAUUCACUGCUUCAGACACUAUUUCACAUUCCUUAUUUUAGGAAGGCUGUGUAUCAUAUGCCCACAACUGAGAAUGAUAUUCCAUCCGCAAGCAUUCCUUUGGCUCUUCAGAGUUUAUUCUACAAACUUCAGUACAGUGAUAGUAGCGUUGCAACAAAAGAAUUGACUAAAUCUUUUUUAUCAAUGUUACAAAAUUUGUUGUAGCACCAAGGAAAGUCCUCUCUUCUAGUAUUCAGGUUAUAUAUGUGACACUGUUUUUCAUUCAAAUUAGUUUAAUAUUUUUGCUGAAAUUGACAGUUUUUCUAAAUGCGAUACUGGAACUAGUUUCUUCUCUUCAUUUUAACAAUAAGGUUUGUUACAGUGGUGUUUAUGCGUGUUAAGGUUGGAUCACUAACAAAUGCUAUAGUCGAGGGGGUACGAUUAUGUGUCUUAUAGACUUUUAAUGUCAAUUGAAGGUUGAGAUUAUUAUACCAAUAAUCUAAAUAUUGAAAUGCUCUUUAAUAUUUGUUUACAUAUUUGAUUGAUUGGUUUAUUGGUUAGAUCCUGCUGGUGUGGAAAUAAAGUGCGUGAAAAUGCUUGUAAAAUUAUUUAUGAUUUUUCCCUGGGGCUCCUUCAACUUAUUCUCAGGAGAGCAUUGAUCAAGUUUGAGAUUUAUGGAUUUCUUACGUUGUCAAACAUAGGCAACAAAAAUUGGAGAAGGAAGCAGAAGAUUUGGAUGAUGUGUUAUAAGAUCAUAUCGAUGGAAAUUAUUAAAGAUUAGAAGUCAUGAAGAAUUUUGAUGACACUUGACUUUUGGAAUAAGAUAAUUGUAUAGUUGAAUUCUAGUCUAAUUAUAUAAUGAAAUGGUUUAUAAUUUUUGCUGUUGGUAUAGCAUGUAUGAACGCGUAUAUUUAAUGGUAUAUAUGGAUUAGUACAAA